UACACACACAUGUUACAUAUUCACGGUUUUAAGUUGAAAUUUUAUUUAAUUUUCACUUUGUUGGCGUUGCUGGAUAUAUUGAUUGGAUUGAUAGAAAUUUUCUAGAAUUAUGAUAGAAACCCCAUAUAUUUUGCAAUAAUCAAUCAAGAUGUUCAACAACGUCGACAAAUGUUACGUGAAAUCGUCUUGUUGAGUUAUUCUUUGGCAUAAAGGAGUUACUAUGUCUCGUGAUGUUGAUCUCGUAAUAUUUCUCAACGUUUUCAGAUUGUGUACGUAACACAUUUUCCGGAGCAACAAUUAAAUCUGUUGAAGAUCGGAUUGCCGACUGGCUUCGCCGUGGGGGCGAUCGAAUAAAAGCAGCCAAAGUGGCUGUAGAUAAACGACGACAACGUGCACAUCUCCAGAACAAUUAAAGCCCCAGAAUAAUUAUAAUCUAAUUAUCUAAUAUAUUUAUAAUAAGGUUCUUCUCCGUCGUUCUCAUACGCAAUGUUGAUGUUAACACUCUUAUUGCUCCCGCUGGUUCUUCUUCUCGUUCGUAAACUCUACCUGAAGAAAUUCAAGUCCACCAAGAAUGUCUGCGUGCUGCUGCUCGGUGACAUCGGCAGAAGCCCGCGAAUGCAGUACUACGCGAUCUCCAUCGCGUGGGAGGGCUUCACCGUGGAUGUUGUAGGUUACCCCGGCUCAUCGCCGUCGAAGAAAAUAAGCGAAAAUGAGCGCGUACGAGUUCACUACCUGCGACCGCCUCCGGGGUUGCAGAACAGAUUGCCACGUCUUCUCUGUUACAUUAUAAAAGUGGUAUGGCAAACGGCUGAUCUCUCAUGGCUGUUACUUCGCAAACGCAUAUCAAACUCGCUGAUAACGCAGAAUCCAUCCGCGAUACCAACCAUCCCGGUAUGCUGGCUUUAUUGUGUGCUAAUGAAGGCGCAGUUUACGAUUGAUUGGCAUAAUUAUGCCCAUUUGCUUAUGGCACUGAACCUGGGACAGGAUCAUGCCCUGGUUAGAUUUGCAAGAGUUAUCGAGACGACGUUUGGCUGCAGAGCAAAGUAUAAUUUCUGCGUCACUAAAGCGAUGAAGGAAGAUUUGGAAAAGAAAUGGACUAUUCAAGCAAAAAUCCUGUAUGACAGACCAGCGGAUGAAUUUCACCCAAUAACUUUGACAGAGAAAAAUGAGUUUCUGCACAAAUUAACUGAAAAGUACGACAUAUCGAUACCCAGUUCACCCAGAAGAUCCGGCUUCGUUAUAUCCAGCACUAGUUGGACCGAGGAUGAAGAUUUCUCAAUUCUAUUAAGCGCCUUUGAGUACGAAAACGCGUGCAUAACUAGCGAGUUAAACUUGCCGGACUUGGUCUGUGCGAUUACAGGCAAAGGACCGUUAAAGGACUUCUACAUGGCAAUCAUUAAUUUAACAAAGUGCAAACAUAUCACAAUAAAGAUGCCGUGGUUUGAGAAUGAGGAUUAUCCCAAAAUACUAGCUAGCGCAGACUUAGGUGUGUGCCUUCAUAUAUCCAGUGGACUGGAUCUGCCAAUGAAAGUUGUUGACAUGUUUGGCUGCCGGUUGCCAGUUUGCGCAUACAAUUAUAAUUGUUUAUCAGAACUGGUCAGGCACAAUGAGAACAGUUUGUCAUUCAUAACGGCAGUUGCGUGAAAAAUUUCAAGGAAACAUGUUUUG